UGGCUGUCAGUUUCGAAGUUUUCGAACUGCGGCGCAGCGGGUAUAUCUUUUACGUUAUUUGAUUUGAUUAUAACAUUUUCAUUUUAUUGAUCUAAAACGGCUAACAGUGAUUUCUUCAGUACCCUAGAUUGCCAGAGCAAGCGUUAUACUGAUAUUACACCAUGAGCGUACCAGAGAAAAUAGCUGCAGCAAUCCCUAUGCAACUGCUGUCAGGUCCGUCCGUAAAACUUGUUUAUACAAUUACCUGUAGUGGCGAUAAACAUACUCUGAUUUCCAUCCCAUUUGUUGUGAAUAAUUUGAUUCAUAUUCGAUUUAAAUGGGAGUACUCUAAAAAAUCUGCGAAAAAAAUGAAAAUAGUAUGCAGUUUUUCAUCAAGGAGGCUAGUUUCUGAGAAAUAUAGCAAAAUUAAUAUGGAUUUGAGAAGCGAUAGAUUGAAAUAUAUGAUGACUGACUACUGUCCGCCUAAAUGUUGGUCGGACUGGCAGUCCAUGGCCGAGAUUACACCACAGUUGCUUCCCGAUCUCUCUGCUUAUUAUUACACCACUUGUGACUACUAUAUUACCGCAAGUCAAGUGAAAACCGAUAUGAUUUCUUCGAAGUUGUAUGAAGACACUGAUUUCACAGACUUCAACUUAAGUACACCUGACGGUACUGUUGCUGUCCACAAAGCCUGUCUGGCUGCUCACAGCGACGUGUUCAGGCGGAUGCUGGCCGGAGAAUGGCAAGAGACAAAGGAAUGCAAAAUAUCUCUGGAAGGAGUAACUCUAGAAACACUACAACAUUUAAAGGACUAUAUUUACUUGGGUACACUACCAAAUGAUGGGCUUAGACCACUGCUUCUGUUAGCGAGAUGCUACCUCAUUGUAGAUCUGCAAGAACGCUGUAUUAAAAAACUAGCUCGAACAGCUACUUCGGAAAAUUUAUACUCACUCCUUAAAUUCGCCUGUGAGAAUAACAUACCAGAGUUGACUUUUGCUACUUUGCAGCUGACCAGGGACUCUGUUAUUAGUAAUGCCACUGAGGUAAAAAAGAUAAGGUUGAGUUAAGACAGAAUAUCAGUCUGUCAUAGUUGAUUUGAUAAAAGAUGGUGCUUAUGAUGAUUCCACUGCGAGUUUCAGUUCAAAAUGGACAUCAUCAUUACCUAUGAUUAUUGCUAACACAUAAUUGAAUUAGUUAUAAUUAUACAAUUUGGACGUAACUCACGCAAGUAGAUGCAGCUAGUGGCAUAUGAGAAUAAGCGUGCCAUGCUGAUGAAUGAUGAGCAUGAGUUGUAAUAAGCUUAAAAAUUGAUCUCUGUUAUUUUAUGCUGAUAGUUGAUUACGGUAAAGUAAUAAUAUUUUCGUUAACUUCAUGUUAAAAUCGUUUAUAGGUAAGGUACAGCAUGCUGAUAUGAUUCAUUCAUUAUUUUAUUUUAGUUCAUUAAAAGUUGAUUUGUAUAUAA